GCUCGGCAGGCUGCCGGCGCGCGCGCUUACGAGAAACCGUAGAAAAACGUAGUGGAAAAUAGUGGAAAAGUGCAGUGAUUUAUGGGAAUUUUGAAUUACCUACUUAUAAAUAGGUGGCGGGCCGUGACAUGAAGUGGCUAGCACUGUUCUCGCUGGUGGCAGCAACAGUUCUGCAGCAGCCGGCGCCGCUUGUGCGCACACGCAGCGGCUAUGUGCGCGGGCGCGUGUCGCGCGACGGCAGGCUUGUCGAGUACUUGGGUAUUCCUUAUGGGACUGUCAACGAUGAUAAUCGAUUCAAGGCUCCGCUGCCCCCGCCAGCCUGGGGCGGCGUGUUCGAAGCCGUGAACACCAACACGCGCUGCCCGCAGACCAUCAUGGGCACCGUCAUCAUCGGCAACCCAGACUGCCUCAAGCUCAACGUCUACACCCCCACCAGGACCAGGGGAAAACUCCUCCCAGUCAUGGUCUAUAUACAUGGAGGAUGCUUCUUCGAGGGAACUGGUUCUGCCUUUCUCUAUGGAGCUGAUUACUUCGUCGAGCACGGAGUUGUGUUCGUUGGCAUCAACUACAGACUGAACGUUGAAGGUUUCUUAUGUUUAGGAACAGAGGAUGCGCCGGGAAAUGCUGGACUCAAAGACCAGGUAGCUGCCUUGAGAUGGAUCAAAGAUAAUAUAGAAGCUUUUGGAGGAAAUCCGGAUAGCGUGACGCUGUUUGGAGAAAGCGCUGGCGCUGUUUCUUCGUCCUUUUUAGUGCUUUCACAAGCCGCUAGAGGACUCUUCCAUAGAGUUAUACUUCAGAGUGGAUCUACGCUUGCGCCCUGGGCUUUGCAGCAUGAUCCUAUAAGGACAGCUAGCGCUCUAGUCAAACAAUUCGGAUAUAAUACCAAAGAUCCUUACGAAAUAUACGAUAUUUUAAGAAACAAAACCAUAAACGAACUAAUAAAAGUUAAGGCUUUGGAAAACCAAAACUACGUCUCAUCUGACACUCUCUUUGUACCUUGCAUUGAGAAAAAUCUGCCAGGAAUCGAACCUAUAGUCACUGAAUACCCUACAAGUAUAAUCGAAUCUGGAAACUACACCAAAGUGCCUAUGAUAAUAGGCUUCAACGACAACGAAGGGAUAUACUUUGUAGCUAAAGAUUACGGAAAUAGUCUGAAAUCGAUAGAUCCCAAAGAAAAUUUACAUCUAGAUUUAGAGUUUCCUACAGAACUGGAUAGGAACAGCACAGUAGAGAUAAUAAAGAGUCAUUAUUUUCCCCCAGAAAAAGACGAACUAAUCCUCAACAUGGUGGAUUUGUAUUCAGAUUUGCAUUUCAAGUUUCCAUCAGUGAUCGAGUCGGACUUAUACGCAAAGACGACAGAUAAGCCGAUAUACUUCUACCUGUUCAAGUACGGGGGGUACCGAAACAUGGCGAAGAUCAUCGUGGGGUACGGGGCGACGGGAGGGGCGUCUCAUGCCGAUGAGCUGUUCUACUUAUUCAAGCCUCAUUCUAUCCCGUUCCCGCAUCAGCUGGAGCGGCGCAUGAUCAAGCGCAUGGUCACGCUUUGGACCAACUUCGCCAAAUACGGUGACCCAACGCCAACGACAUCACCCCUAUUGCCGUUCCGGUGGCGGCCCGGCCGCGCCAGCAACCCGUCAGCUCUAGUCAUCGACGGACAACUGUCCACGGCUAGGCUGUGGGACUACGCGACGGUGGACCUGUGGAACCAGACCUACAGCAAGUAUAGGAGGAAACUGUAUGGGUUUCAAUAAACUUGCAGCUUUCUCUGUCUUCAUGAUCACGAAAAACAACAACAACAAUGGCUGGUCUUUGGCACUACACCGUUGUAGGUGUAGACUUGUGGAACUACGAGUAGACCUACAGACUACUGCAGUUAAUAUAGAAGAACUGCAUGGGUCCCAGUAACCCUUGGCUACAAACAGGGACAUCAGGAUGUUUAGUCCUUUGUCAGGAUUAGAGUCAGACCAAGAAAAGUCAACAGCGAUUUUGAUAGCCCAGAGCCCACGCAGUGAAAGUGUUAUUUAUACAUCAUAAUUUCAUAGUUUGACGUUUAAAAUAACACUUCCACUGCGUGGGCUAUCAAAUUCGCUGCAGACUUUUCUUGGUUUUCUCUAUUUAUUGAUUGCACUCGCACCGAAUUGAACUAAUAAUUUUAAGUAGUUUUGGAAUAUUCGAAAAUAGUGCUGUGCGCAAAAUGAAGACUGUUAAAUUAACAAUAUUUUACAACAGAAACAGUGUUGUGAUGCGAUUUUUACUGUUGUUAUUUUUACAACCAAAAAAGAAAGUAAAAAAAUUAGAUAGGUAUAGGUUGACCUAUAAGAUACAUGCGUUAAGUGUUGCCAUCUAGUAAGUAGUGUUGGAAUUAAUCGAUAAAUUCACAAAGAAAUGUUACUUACCAUCAAAGAAUUAUUGAUUGUAGACUACAAUUUGUUUGUAGAGAUGUAAAGCCUAGAACUAGGGAAUGCAAUACCGGGAUACCAGGAUCCCGAAAUACCGGGAUCCCGCAUGCAAUUUGCGGGAUUAAUCCCGCUCGUAAAUUAAGCGGGAUCCCGCGGGAUUUGCGGGAUCGAAGAGCGACGUGGUUCUUACGUGUUACUACAAGGAGCACAGGCUCGGGCACAUGCCUACUGGCGAAAAUUCUUCACGGAGCCUAAAUGCAUCUACGGAGGAAAGGGGUAAUGACACGGAAGAGCAUUUUACCCGAAUUUGUCUAUUUAUUUCAUCACACUUGCUCGUAAAAGGUGUUAUUUUACGUAGACGACGCGGUCCGUAAAUCUUAAUUUUGUAUUGUACCCAGGGAAUUUUGUUAUGUAGGUACGUCCGAAAUUAGGCAGAUUUUUUAUUGUUUUCCCUCUUUUUUCCUCACAGGUGUGAUGAAAAACAUUGUGUGUGCCACGAGUGGUACAGGACUUACGAAAUCGCGUUAAUUAAGCCUUUACACACGUUUUUAAAUUCUUGAUUACUGUCAUUAUACCGUAUUCUUUUAAUACAAAAUGUACUAUUUCUAAUUUUAGUUUACUUUUUGUUUUCAACCUUCAUAUUUAGUACUAAUUCGUACUAAGCGCUGGUGGCCUAGCGGUAAGAGCGUGCGACUUUCAAUCCGGAGGUCGCGGGUUCAAACCCCGGCUCGUACCAAUGAGUUUUUCGGAACUUAUGUACGAAAUAUCAUUUGAUAUUUGCCAGUCGCUUUUCGGUGAAGGAAAACAUCGUGAGGAAACCGGACUAAUCCCAAUAAGGCCUAGUUUCCCCUCUGGGUUGGAAGGUCAGAUGGCAGUCGCUUUCGUAAAAACUAGUGCCUACGUCAAAUCAUGGGAUUAGUUGUCAAGCGGACCCCAGGCUCCCAUGAGCCGUGGCAAAAUGCCGGGAUAACGCCAGGAAGAAGAAGAUAUUUAGUACUAAUUCGUAAAAUUGUAUACUAACUUGCGGGAUCCCGCAAAUACCGGGAUCCCGCGGGACUUAAUAUGGCAAUCCCGCGGAAUACCGGGAUUGAGUUCCUCAUGCGGGAUUGCAUUCCCUACCUAGAACUAAUCGUGCUCCCGAGUUUCACAAUUAAACUAGAUGGCGCCGUAGCCGCUGUACAUCGCCCUAACAUGUUUAUAAAAUGACUAUUAGACUUAGAAUUUCGAAGCGACAAUUCGCUGUCAAAUAAGUAAGGUAAAUAUAUUAAUUUGUCUUUGACUUUACAGAUUCUUGUGCAAUCAAUGAAUCUUUGCUGGUUACCAAUGUUAUUAUUAAUCUAUUCACAUUUAAUUUAAGUAUAAUAUAACUACAAUAUUUAUUAACAUGAUCAAUAAAGGAUAACGCUAGAACGGUCCGAUGAUUCGUUUUCUAUACAGUAUGUGUCUGACCAUGGGGCUUUAAUUCCAGGGCUUGAUUUUACUCGCUAAACUGAGCUACUUUUACUAUGGGACCUUACUACUGGAUUUAAAGCCCCAGGUCAGUAACACACUGUAGAAUGCAUCAGGUGCCGUUCUAGCGUGAAUCAUAGCUAAAUAGGUUCUUCAAUAGUAAAGGUGAUCUGUAUAUGUAGUUUUUUUAGUGUACUUGUAAGGCCGAGCCACUCCGGCUUGCGUGUGCGUGACGUUCGCGUGUGCGUGCGCUAGAAUGUUGGAGCCGCACACGCACACGUCACGUAAGCGGUGUGCCAUCUCUCAUAAGGAUCUGUAUACUACAACUCCGCACGCGCACGUGCACGUCACGCACACGCAGCCGGUGUGCACAGGCCUGUAAAGUCAUAAUUCAUUGGUUAUAAUCAGACAUAGGAAGCCGCCAGGCAAAUUGUGAAUUAAGACUAUGUUUGUGCACUUACGGUACUAAUUACGACAAAAUAGUUAAAAAAAAAUUUUUUAAUUGGCUAAUCGUUUUAAAACAGCCUAAAUUUUGUUGUAAUUAGUACCAUAAGUGCCAAACAUAAAGUCUUAUUUCACAAUUUGCCCCGCGGAUUCCUAUGUCUGGUUAUAUUGUACUACUACUACUACUACUACUUUGUUGGCGCGGUGACCCAAAAUGAGUCUUGGCCUCCAACACAAGAGCACGCCACUUUGAUCGGUCCAGAGCGGUAUCCCGCCAGCUUUCGCCGACGCCGAACUCACGGAGAUCUGCCUCCACUCUAUGCGCCCCAUUCUGAUGUAUGGGUGUGAGGCUUGGACACUGGUUAUAUUGUAGUUAUUGUUAUUGCUAUUGAGUAGGUAUAAAGGGAAAAUUAGUCUAAUACUUUUUGAUACAGUAGAGUUGAAAUAAUAGUGCUUCAGUCCAUAAAACUUUACCUUUAAUGUUAUUGUGCGAACGAUAUUUACGGUGUGAUAAUAUCUCUAGUCUGACUAGUAUAGAACAAGCUAGAAUAGCAUACAACAUUUAUAUUUAAAUGUAAUUUAAUGCCAUUGUGUGACAUACAGGAAUUGUGCAAUAAAUCGUUAUUUUAAAUGAA